AUGUCUGACCUUAGCCAUGUAGUGGUGUAUGAAGAUACUUCUGACAGCUAUAAGAAUGUGUUCUGUAACCCAACAUUUGAGCUGGAUGGAGAGCGAGAGGAGAAAAGAGAGACUCCCAGGACUUCCUCUUCUAUCCCAGAACCAAUCAAACCACCACCAGCUGCUGUGGUUCUGUUUGGUGUUUGUGUGAUGCGUCUGCGGCGGUCAGGAUGCAGCUGGGGGACAGUAGCGGCCUCCGCCGCUGUCCUGCUCCUAGUUGCCACCCUUGGACUGAUGCUGGCCCUCAUUCUCACACAGAACAAAGGUCAGCCAGUAGAAGAGCCGAUGUUGUCCACUCGCCACCCGGACGUGCUCAGUACAGGAAAGGGACCGUCUCAUAUUUUACCCACAAUCCCUGUCAACAAAAGUUUGCAGGACAGUACAGCAGCACCAGCGCCUGCUAGGUUCCUCCCAUCUGAAACACGGUGUGGAGGCGUCUUGACUGAACCAGAAGGCAGUUUCAGUUCCCCCAACCACCCUGGUUUCUACCCUGCUAACUCACUGUGUGUGUGGGUGAUCCAAGCCCAACCGCCCUCGGUGGUUCAGAUCCACGUUUCUUCUUUGGCGAUGGAAGGGCCGUCGCCCUGUCUGUUUGACUGGCUGGAGGUGCAGGAGCAGACAGGGCACAACACUGUGGUCACCAGGUUCUGUGGUAAUGUUGCCCCACCGACUGUCAACACAAACAGCAACACAGUGUGGGUCACCUUCCACUCUGACGGCAGCAUCGCCGGCAGUGGUUUCACCGCACAGUACAGGGCCAUAUGGUCGGGACACAAAAGUUGCUCCAGAGAAGAGUUCAGGUGCGAUGACGGUCGCUGUCUGCUGCCUGCGUCUGUGUGCGACGGCCAGGCAAACUGCCAAGACCAAACAGAUGAGGCCAACUGCAACCAGAAACACAAGGAAUGCGGUGGGCAGAAAACUCAGCCUCACGGUUACCUGGCAAGUCCAAACCAUCCCAGGCUGUAUCCUCACCAACAGUUGUGUAUAUGGUACAUAUCUGUGGAGAAGGGACACGUCAUCAGACUGAGCUUCACAAACUUCAGCUUGGAGAUGCAGGAUUUGUGUGAGUUUGACUAUGUGGAGGUGCAUGAUGGCAUCAACAUCGGAGCUGGACGGGUCCUGGGAAGAUAUUGCGGCACCAAAGUCCCACCAGAUCUGACCUCCUCUGGUCCCCACAUGGGUGUGGUGUUUGUUGCUGAUGAGGGCGUGACCGACAGUGGUUUCAAUGCAACGUACCAGGCUGUGUCCCUACUGGACCGGACAUGUGGCCCCAACCAUUUUGCCUGCAGGACAGGUGAGUGUGUCCAGCAGCAGUGGAUGUGUGAUGGCUGGAAUGACUGCACUGAUGGACAAGAUGAGGAUGGCUGUGACAACAAAACCUACCCCUCAUAUGCUUCAUCGUGUGAACUCAUAGAGGUUGAGAUGUGUUGGGGUCUCAGCUACAACCGCACUUCAUUUCCCAACAUCUGGCUUUCCAUCGCUGACCAGACAGAGGCUGCCACCCUGCUGCAACCAUACCGGAUGCUGAUGGAGCUGUUGUGCUUCGAGACCUUCCGCAAACUGUUGUGUGGUUUGUUCCUGCCCCACUGCAGCCCUCACGGCGGUGUCCUUCAGCCGUGCCGCUCUGUCUGCUUCUUGGCGGAACAGCAGUGUGGUCCAGCUCUGGAUGUCUUGUCCUUCAGCUGGCCCUUCAACUGCCACCUCCUUCCUGACUCACAGGAUCCCGUCAAGUGCUCAUUGCCUUGACACCUCACCAGAACAAGCAUUCUAGUACUUAAAAUCUGAGUUAACAGAACUGGAAUCUGGGUGGAUUUGCCAUUUUCUGAGCACGCAGCUUUUGAUUUGAAGCAAACACAUUGGUUUAUGAGCUGCACUUAAAACAACUACUUGUGUAAUUUGUGAACACUGUAGCAGUGAGUUUCAAGUGAAGGAAUAUACAAAUAAAAGACCUGCUUUACCACCAGGAACCAAAACUAUAAAGUGUGUUUUACUGUCAUUUAUUACUUUGACAAAUAUCUUAAAAUACAAAAGACAUUUUCAGACUUAUUACAUUGUUCACAAAUAUAUCACCUCGUGCUUCCACUACAACCUCCUCCAAUAAGAUGUUUUCACCUUUUUGUCUGCAGAAAAAAAAACAAAAAAAAUAUACAAAUAUUUUACUGAAACUUGAUAGAAAAAGUGUUGAUUGGAUUUACAUUAGUAAACAAAUCAGUGGGCAUAAGUAUUUAGGGCUACAGCAAUCUGACAUUUGUCCUCAAAUACUUUAAACUUAACCCAAAUGACUGACCUCUGGCUGACUGCCACAGCAAUAUUGGAAUCCAGCUAAAUAUGUGUGACAUUUAGUCCAGACUAGGUUCAAAGUCAAUUCUUUAACCUUUUCUAAAAUAAAAUGUUGAGCAAUUUCAGAGCCAGCUUCCAUUUAUAUACCAAGUUUGGUGCUAAACAGACAAAGGACCUGGUCAGCCUACAGACAACCUUGGUUCAAAUCAGUUGUACUUCAGCAGCGCUGCACCCUCCCCUGGACUGAAACUUGGUCACAGACAGAGGGCUGUUGGGCCUUGGGGGAAGGAUGCACUCUGUCGAGUGCCCUUAUUUCAGUGUCUACAUCCUCACGUACCUAUACUGUGAGGUAAAACACAAAAAUGAGGCAGAGUUUUCUUAAUAAAUCCACACAAUCUGCAACGGUCUGUAGAUUUUAUGACAGAACAAACCAGUUUGUACUUACGAAACUGAGGAG